AUGGGGGACACGACUCGUUUAGAAAAUGAGCCGGGACGGCCAGAAAUCGAAGGAGUGCUACCGCAGCCGUCUGCCGCCGCCGACGAGGAGGAAAAAGCCCCCAUCCAGCGCACCAAUUCGCGGGCACCCUACUCUGUGCACUCGAAGACGGUCAAACGUCUGCUGGUGCUCGCCGCGUCGGCGACGGCCAUCUUCUCACCCAUCUCGGCCCAGAUAUACCUGCCCGCGCUGAUCCCCAUCGCCAAGAGCCUGCACGUCAGCGCCGCCAAGGUCAACCUGACCAUCACCACGUACAUGGUCUUCCAGGGCAUCACGCCCAUGUUUGUCGGCUCGCUCGCCGACGCGGGUGGCCGUCGCCCCGCCUACAUCGUGUGCUUUGUUAUUUACCUGGCCGCCAACAUCGGCCUGGCCCUCGCGCCCAACUACGGCGCCGUGCUCGCCCUACGCUGCCUGCAGUCGGCCGGGUCGAGCAGCACCGUCGCGCUGUGCACGGCUGUCGUCGCGGACGUGGUUACGUCGGCGGAACGAGGGCAGUACGUCGGCUUUACCGUUCUGCCCACCGUCCUCGCGCCGUCGCUAGGCCCCGUUCUGGGAGGCGUGCUCUCGCAGUAUCUCGGCUGGCGCUGGAUAUUCUGGGUCUUGGCGAUCGCGGCGGGCGUUGCUCUCCUGUUGAUUGUUGCCCUUUUCCCGGAAACCUGUCGACGAAUUGUUGGAGACGGCUCAAUCAUGCCACCGCCAAUUUAUCGCUCCCUUUUACAAACGAUCCGUGUGCGCAAGGAGAAUCGUAAAAUGAAUGAAACAGCCGAUCUCGAAGGAGCUUCUGCGGCAGCCACUAGUGCUAGUGAGGCCAAGUUCAAAUUCAAGCCGCCAAAUGUCCUCGAAGCGGUGAUGAUGCUCUUCCGUCGCGCAUCCGGACUCCUUCUCUGGUCCAGCGCCAUCAUAUUUGCUGGAUUUUACUGCAUCACGGCCGCCAUGCCUGUUCUCCUCCACAGACGCUAUCACUUGAACGAGACGCAGGUCGGCCUCAUGUAUCUGCCCAUCGCGGGGGGCUCCAUCAUUGCUGCAUUUGCCGCCGGCCGCUUAAUGACGUGGAACUACAAGCGUCACUGCGCCAUGGCCGGACUUCCAUUCGAUCGCAGCCGCCAGAUGGACAUGACGAACUUUCCCAUCGAACGGGUCCGCCUGGAAAUCGGUAUUCCGCUCGUGCUACUUGCGGGUGCGUGCCUCAUCUCAUGGGGCUGGGCCAUACACUUCCACGCGCAUAUUGCGGUACUGUGCGUAAUCAUGGUAUUUCUCGGAAUCGGGCUCAUCGGAAUGACCAACUCGAUGAACGUGCUCCUGGUGGACAUGCAUCCAGGCAAGGCAGGCACUGCGACGGCGGCCAAUAACCUGACGAGGUGUCUGAUUGGUGCUGGCGCGACGGCGGCUAUUAUCCCAUUAGAGAGAGCAAUCGGCGUCGGAAAAGCAUUUUCGAUUGUAGGCAUCUUGUACUUUAUCUGCGUUACACCACUGGCACUGCUCGCGCUCAAGGGCAUGAAGUGGAGGCAAAUGCAGAAAAAGGCACAGGGUGCAUGA